UACACAGUGAAGAACUUGGAAUUUGCUCUGACAAUUGAGCCAGACAAUUUGAAGAUACGACAGAAGUUAACAUUGGCUCAGAACCAGAAGCAAGCUGGUCAACCUACAAUUCCCUCAACCAUUGAGGAAGAGAUGGAGACCAACCCAUUUAUGAGGGUUGAUCUACCUGAGCUUCAGGAGAAGCUAGGUUGCAAGUCUCCCGUUGAAGCUUUAAGAGAGAUACGGAAGCGUAAAGACAACUGGAAGGGCUAA